GAGAGGUUUUCAAACGUCCACCAAGCUUCGGUGUUCUCUGCGCGUUCUCGGAGCUGGGGCAUUCUUGGCUUGGUCACAGUAACGCUGAAACCCGACAGGCCGGGCGUCAGGAGGUGUGCAGCUGCUCGGGCUAAAGCUUGGGUUUCUCCAUCUUGUGCUUUAUUUUAACUGCAUGACAACAUGCUCACCUGUACUUUAGGGAGUCUCUGUGUUGUGUGGUAGGUUGACUGUGUCAUCCCUUUCACUGUUAGCUGAGAUGGCCUUACCUACUAGAUGAAGGCUUAGCCUGAGCUUCUGGAGGUGUGAAAUAAAGCACAUGUCUCACUCCCGUACUGUGUGCUGCCCUGACACAGCAAAUCCCAGGCUCAAGGGUGCCUGUAGUCCCCAGGUUCAUAUCUGUGCCAAGAUAGAAAUAACUGAACUGAAUGUCAUUUAUGUUUUGCUGCCCUGAUGCAAGGUGAUCUGUGUAUGGAAACACUCUUCACAGAUGUGCAUCCAUAGUUAGAAGUGCUGUGAAGCAAUACAGGGUCUCAGUUUUGCUCAUACUGUGACUCCAGUUCCUGUUUCCAUCCUAUUCAGUCUCAGUGUGUAGAUUUUGUGGCUGAUGCCGGGCAGGUGUCUCUUAUGGGAGCCUGGGCAUGGGGGUGAUUCCAGACAUGCCUUUGAUGGGGGCAAAACGUGACACUGAAGUUCUGCCCGUUUGUGAUGGUGGCCUUUGGGGCCCUGACCCCUCAGUUGCACUGUGCACUCCUGUUUUACUGAAACUGUGUCCUAUUCCAUGAACAGAAAUAGAAAGUUGGCUGGGGCUUUGUCCUGUUGCCGGACGUGGUGGGAGGCCCAGGGGAGCGGGGCGGUGUGACUCCGGAGCAGAGCGCUGUGCCAGCAGUGUCCCCGCCUUUGCAGAGGGAUGCAGUGACGAGCUGAGCAGACGGACAAGGGUUUAAGCAGCGUGUCUUGUUUUUGUUUGAUGGGACCACUUCCCACAGACUGCAGGGCCUCAGCAAGCUAGUUGAUAAUUUUUUUUCCAGUUUUGCCUUAGCUCAUACUUUUCUGCCUGUGGGAAGAGCAAGUCAGUGUCAAAGUGCAGGGCUUGUAGUUGGGGCAAGAAACAAUAAGACCAUUCUCCCUCCAAGUCCUGACUAUUUAACUUCAGAGCUUGACCUGCUGUACUGGCAGCAUGAUGUUUCUGUAGCAAAUACAUCCAAAGGCCUGAUCUGAUCAUGUACCCACCAGCUCUUGAACUUGUUGAACUUGUUGAAAAGGAAUAAUGAGAGCAAAAUAUGCUCUAGAAACUCACAAUAAUGCCUUAAUUUCUGAAGGCAUGUUCUUGGGUGUAUGUGUCCCAGCCAAAGCCCAGCAGUGUGUGUGGUCAGUCACCUCAGUGGAGCCAGCAGAAAAGUAUGCCUGGGAUAAACUAAUAAAGGCUGAUGAACUAGCAAGAAAAUGGGAGAGAGCAAGUGAAGAGGAUGUAAACAGACAAACUUGGUGGUGGGAGAAGGGGAGGUGUGUGUGGCUGUGGACGUGGGUUGUGGGAAGAAGGCUGUAGCGCAGCCUGGCAGAGUCCUUGAAGGCCUCUCCUACACCCUGGGACCCCACGGCUCCUGCCCCGUGGUACGGCCGGUUCAUGGGGACGGGAAGCAUUUGGGAUGGAGCCAGCAGGCGAGGCUGUGUGCCAAGAGCGCGUCUUAUGCAUCCAUCCUGCAGCCAUCCUAAGCACCUCUGCUGCAUGCUGCUUGGGGCUGGUGCUGGUAGUGUGCAGGGACACUUUCUCUGGUGCAGGCAAAUCCUUUCCCUCCUAGCUUUGUCCAAGCGGCCCCACAGUGUUUUGAAACUUCUUCCUGCCCCAGAGCUCGCAUCCGGCUUCCUUGGCUGCCAGGGCAUGCUGAAGACUGGAUGUGGCCCCACAGCUCAGAACAACCUCCAGGGAGCAUGCUCCCAACUAAUGGGAAAAAUGUUCUUACUGUUUUGGGCUGUUCCCAGAAUAACCUUGCAGCGAGCAGUGCGUGCAGGCCCUUGAGCAGAGCCCAGCACACAGAGCGUAGUGCGGGUGGGGAUGGGCCAUCUCCUGGGCUGAGUGGUCAGCCAUGGUGAUGGUAGGUGGGCAUACAGGUCAAACUCACCUUGUUUAAAGAGAACUUCAUUAAAAUAACAAGCUGCCUAAUAGGAGUAUUUAUAAAAUCCUACUCCUUAAUUUAAUCUCAUCUUUCACUGUUUGUUUGGGGUUUUUUUUGUUGUUUUUUUUUUUUAAGUUCAAAGGCAUGAUAGAAAAGAAACCAAACUUUAGCACCCUGGGGGAGAAGUGCACUGCAACUAAUCAUCUGUGUGAUUGCCGAGCCAGAGACUCCCCUCUGACCUGCACAGAGUUCACAAAAACAUUUAUCCCAGUGUGCAAACUGAUUGUUGCUGCUCCAUAUCUGUUCCAGAUGCAUCCUCAGUGCCACCCGCGUGGUGGGAGGCUGCCUGGAGUGGCUGGCCUGGUGUGGCAGAGCUUGCCCGUGCUGCGGUGGCCCCGGCAGGUUUGCUGUCUGGGCAGGUGCUCUGUCCACUGUCCCUGCUGGCUGUGGGCACGGGCUGUGGUCUGAGCAGCAGGCAGAGGAAGGUGCUGGGCUCGCUGGGUGCGGGCAGCUCGGCCAGCCUCGCUGCAGCGGGUGCUGCUGGGGGCCCUUUGCCGGUGCCACGGGCACGUCACCCUCUGGCUUCCGCCCUGGGAGGCGGAAAGCCCAGCGCUGCCACCACAGAGGGCUUUGUGUGAGCUGUCACAAAGUGAGGAUUGAUGCCGUUUCCCCUCCCCCUUCUAUGCCGAGCGGAGCCGAAAAUGGCUCCCACAAAGGUGCCCUUCUUCAUUGAGUACGAGGUGCCAGCAGGCAGAGGGGGCUGCUCUGCAGCACCGUGCUGUUGGUAGGCCCACCCACCAGCCUUUCCGCACUGGUGCCAUGGAUGCCCAGGGCCCUGUCCUCAGCCUUGCCUGGGCUGACCCGACUGCUGCUUGUGUUCCUGCUGGGGCAGCUGGGACUCCCUGCAGCAGGCCCCAGGGUGGCGAGAUGGGGCCUGGGCAGCAUUCAGCAGCAGGUCCCUGGCCCGCAUUAGCUUCAUUCAUGCCAUCGCUGCUGGGAACAAGGAGGCAAUGCUGGGGCUCUGCCUGCAUGAGCUCUCCCAGGGCCUGAGAGGGUGGUACACAGACCCUCUGCUUCCCUCCCUGAGGUGACAUGUCUGUGCCAUCCGGCUACCCCUGCUCCCCUGCCUUUGUGGAGCAAACCAGCACUUCAUCAGGGUGGAUUUGGUGGAGGCUGUGGGAGCAGAUCUGCUUCCCUGCAAUGUAGCUGCAGCUGUGUUGGAACCUGCUGUGCGGUGUUCUUAGCAUGCUGGGGAAUAUCGUCACUUACCUGGAUUUUGCUUCAAAAUGGCCUAAGAGAAGCUUGCAUCAGCAUUCGUUAUCUCCCAGCUCCUCCCGAUGUGCAGUAACAAGUCAUCUUGCUAUUAAGAGUGGCUUGGAAAAGUUUCAGAAAACGUGCAUAAAGAACAGGUUGUAAUCUCUGUCAAAUUCAUAUGUGUUUGUUCCGUGCUGCACAUUUUAGGGAAUGGCCUCUGGAUUAUUUGCAAGGCAUCCGGAUGAGCCGGUGGGGCAGUGCAGGCAGCAGUGUGGGGUCUGUUGGGGCUGUGCCAGUGCCUCCAGCGUUCCUGCAGUGGGGUCCUGUGCUCCUUGCCCGCCCUGAGGACAGGGAGCCUGCUGGGAGAGGAGGGUGAACCCCUGCAGCUCAGGCUGCACUUCCUGUCAUGCCUUGGAGCCUUGGGCUGUGUCGGUUACAAAGAAGGUUUGCUUUGCUCUGUGCAUGCUGGAUGGGUGUCCAGGUGCCAAAGCAGAGCUCUCCUCUCUGUUUGGUUCAGCAAUAGUGUUUGCACCAUUACUGGUCGCUAGUGUCUGUUGUUUUGGACUUCUCAAGUGGACUGGCUGUUCAUGUGACAUUGUUAUUAUUUACAUAGGGCCCAGACUUGCUCUUUCUUAUUGCCUGCAGCACGAUGUUUGCUCAGACUGGGCACUGUGAAGUGUAAACCCAGGUCCCACUGGCACCAGCACUCACCUCUGCCUUUUCUAGAAGCAAAUCCGUCCAUAAUGCCUGAGGUGCGAGACCUCUCUGAUGCCUUGCCUGAGCUGCCGAUGGAUCCCAUCACAGGUGUUGGUGUGGUCGCAUCCCGGAGCCGAGCACCGACUGGAUAUGAUGUAGUUGCACAAACAGCAGAUGGCUUGGAUGCUGACCUCUGGAAAGAUGGCUUAUUUAAAUCCAAGGUCACACGGUACCUGUGCUUCACCAGAUCAUUUUCAAAAGAAAAUAGUCAUUUAGGCAACGUCUUGGUUGAUAUGAAGCUCAUUGAUAUCAAGGACACUUUACCUGUGGGCUUCAUUCCCAUCCAGGAGACCAUCGAUACACAAGAAAUAGCUUUCAGAAAGAAGAGGCUGUGCAUUAAAUUCAUCCCUCGAGAUUCUACAGAGGCAGCCAUCUGUGAUAUCCGAAUCCUGGGAAGAUCUAAACAGGCCCCUCCUCAGUACACAUUCAUAGGGGAGUUGAACAGCAUGGGCAUUUGGUACCGGAUGGGCAGAGUGCCACGCAACCACGACCCCGCACAGCCUGCGGCUCCUCCUGCCCCAGCACCGGCUUCAGCCCCUGCUCCCAACCUGCCCAGGCAUAUCUCGCUGACACUCCCGGCCAGCUUUCGGGGCAAGAGUCACAGCACCCGCCUGGACCUGGAGCACCAGCACUCCAACCUGUAUGCAAUCUCAGCAAUGGAUGGAGUGCCUUUUAUGAUUUCGGAGAAGUUUGCCUGUGCUCCUGAAGGGAUGCAGCCAGUUGAUCUCUUGGGCAUCACAAUCAAAACCCUUGCAGAAAUCGAAAAGGAGUACGACUACAGCUUCCGGACGGAGCAGAGCGCGGCGGCCCGGCUGCCACCCAGCCCCACCCGCUGCCCGCCGGUCCCGCCAUCCUGAGGGGCCAUCGGCCAGAGCAGGCGCGUGUGUGCAUACUACUGAGCGGGACACAGGACACAGGACACAGUGCUGGGACCGUCCUGGCACACCCCCGUGCACCCGGCCACCACCGCCGCCCUGCGCUGCACCACCCCCUGCACACGCCGCUCCACGCGUUGGGACCCCCUUCGGCAGCUGCACCCCCCACACUGCUCCAGACCCCUCUCCAUGUGAGUACAGAACUGGGAGCCUUGGUCAUCCCCACUUUGUACCCUGCUGCAGGACAGUCACAGAAUCCAGAGCUGUAGCAAACCUUGCAAACACAGCUGGGAGCUCGCAGACCAUCGGGAACUCUCAGCCCUAAAAGGAACAGUGAAAGGCACGGCUGGGUAACGCUGCCCACGCUGCCGUGGAGCUGGUCAGCUCUCGAUGCCUUGCGGCAGGAGGUCCCUGUGGCGCACGGCCCAGUGGCAGCACUGAGCUGCAGCAGAUGCCCCAUCCCUCUGCCAAGGUCUGGGCACAGCAGUUCUGCCACAGCCAGGAUCAGCCUCCCCCAUACACCCACUAUAGUCACUGGAUUUGCUGUAGCUGGGGGAGCUGGGACCACUGGCUCAUGCCUGUCUUGGACUCUCCCUGGGCACUGGCAGGGCAGGGCAUGGCGGGCAGAGCGCCAAGGUGAAGCACCUCCGCUUUGCACAGGGUGUCCAUGUGUCCAUCCGGAUCUAGACCAACAAACUCCUGUGUUUCUUUCCAUCUGGAUGCUGGCAGCACCACGCUGGCAGACCCCGGCAGCACCCUGCUGACCCGGCCAAGCUGCCUGUGGAGCCAGGACCCUGCUGACAACUGGGAUGCCAUCACCUGCCUGUCACUUGAGACAGUUCUCUAAUGUGCCCCGCUAGCUGCUAAAAUAAAAGAGAUGUACCUGUUCCCUGGGCACUCCCAGGGAAGCACUGAACUCUGAUGUGGCGCAGGAUGAGAGUGGGAUGCAUUAAACCCUGACCUGAGCCCCCUGUGAUCGCUGACCUGGGCUCACUCCUGAGCCAAACGCAUGUCUUGGAGAAGUCUGUUGCUGUAAUAAGUUAUUUACAAGUGCCCAUGUGACUCCAUGCUGCUCUUUCAAGUCUCUGCUGUAAAACAAAGCUACAUCAUGGCAGCAAAAUGGCAAUUUUUGAGUAAGUGUUAAAACAUACAAUUUUUUAUAUUGUAAAAUAGUGAUUUCCUGACCCCACUGAAAUGCAAUUGCCAUGGUAACAGUAACAAUGUUGUCUCUCAGCCUGGGUCAUAUGUGUGCCCCGACCCACUUUGCACUGCCUUGGAUUGAUCUGGCAUUUGCUAGUUGCACAGAAUGGUGACUAACAGCAGGUUUUAUACUGUCAGCUUCUAUUUUUUAUUUGUAUAUAUGUAAAAUAUUUCUUGUCCAAAGAUUCAUUUCUGGUUUUAAGGCACCACACCGUACUGCUGGGAUAAUGAGCACAAAAUACUGUAACAUUCAAGACAAACUGAGUCCAGAUCUUUGCUUCAGCUGCUUCCAAUCAGGUAAAUAAUUUUCUGGAGCUGCCUCUGUAGAGCAGCCAUGUGGUUGGAGAGCAGAGGCCAGUUUGGUUGCAGGUGUGUUAGUUUUGGGCAAAAGAGUUAAGGCUGUGCCAUUUGCACCAGCUCUGGAGCCUCGUGUGACCCCCUGGAAGUGCUCGUUUACUUGGAGGUUGCAGCAACAUUUUUAGUUGUUAUUUAUCCUGCAGGAAAGAAAAGCCAGACCUCACUGCCAGGCUUCACAAAGGCCAGAUUGAUGAUGCCGACAUCGACAAAUGAACAUACCAUGGCAGCCUGGUCAUUCGGCUCAGGUUCACUUGAAGUUCAAAUCCACUCCACACUGUAGUGCUGUACCCAUCUCAUCCAUCUCUUGUCUGUCUGUUUUUCUGCUUGUAAUUUGUUCUGUAGUUUUCUGUGACAUCCAUUUAUAGCUUCUCCUGUGGCUCAGUGGUCACGGCAGGUAGGCAGGACCUGUCUGCAGCCGUGCAUUCCUCAUAGCUUUGGGAUGAGAGCUGACCUUCCCUGUUCCCAGUGGAGGAGUGAGGGCUGCGGGCAGUGCAGAGCAGCCAGCACAGUCUGCAGAGCUCCAGGGGCAGUGCCUGCCUCUGGAAGGUGGAGAGACCACUGCCAGGAGCCCUUCCUCAAGCUGCCUGUUCCUGUGUGAGGGCAGGGCUGCCUGCACAGCGGCCGGGGGGCUCAGGGAGGAGUGGGUUCUGAGAGCGCCGAGCCCUGCACUCGGUGCCACACUCCCUGGGUAUGCCUGGGAAAAUGGGGGCAGAGCUUUGAGUCCCUUCUGUGAGAUUUAGCUUAGAGAUAAAAUUGGUGCUUUAAUGUUUUAACCAACUGUUAGGUUUGCUCAGCUGCCUUGGAGAUAGUGAGCUCAGCCUGCUUUGCAGUGACCUACAGGAGACACUGGGUGCUUGAAACACUGGCAGGACAUGCGGCUGGACAGGCAUCUACAUCUUCAGCACAUAUUUGUAGUUACUUCUUCUCUGACACUGGGCCAGCAAAGCUGCUUAGGGGUGCACCUGUGAAGAACCUUGAGAGGUGAGUUUGCUCUCCACAGUGCGAUCCUGCACCAUGGCACUGCAGGGACGCCCUGUUCCAAAUGCACGACAGGGCAGGUGCAUUUCCUCUGGGCAAAUGCAGUCAAGGUAUUUUGAGCAAGAAGCUGCAGCUGCUGAGAGCCAGCUGAGCUCUCAGCCCUGCUAACCACAGGCUGGAAAACUGGGUGAUUCCAAAAGGGAGAGGGCUCAGAGCCAGUGCUUGAAAGCACAGUGAGACACACAGUGCAGGGUGGUUGACUGUCAGCUUCUCAAUCCACUGCUCAGAGGAAGCUUUUUUCAUUGCACCACUGAGUUCCCAAGAUCCAGAGUGUCAGGUCAGCAUUUCCAUGGGCAAGUUUUAUUGGCUAUUCCAUAACUUUUGUACUCCCAGCAGCUCACUGCAAGGCUGGUCCUUGCAUCCUCGCAGUGAGUCCUCCAUGGUGGCAGGUACCAUGGCCAGUAUGAGCAUCUCUCUGCAUCUUCCUCCCUGUCCGAAAUGCGACUGUGGAAGUAUUGGCCCAGGCAAUAAAUGUUCAGGGAGCCUGAUGCGGAUGUUGUCUGGCUGUGGAGAAGUCUUCUGGAACACAAGGGGAGGGGAUGAGUCAGUGGAAAGCAACAGAAGUGGAUUUGCAGAGCUUUACCAGAUGUGCUUGGCUACCUUGCCUGAAUUUGUAGAACAAAACUGCUCUCUAGGUAGUUCAGUCUUGCGGCUGAUGGAGAAGUUAGUUUGCCAAAUUAUCAUAUAUCUGCAACAGAGACAGAAAAGCAGCAAUAAGGGGUUUGCUUACUGUAAAAUACACCUUCUGAUGUGAAUUUGUAGUGACAUGCUGCCUCCUGGAUUCCCCACAGCAAGAAGCUGGUCACGUGCCAAGGUGACUCGUGCCCACCCAGGCCGGGCUGUGCUGUCUGCUGUGUUAACCAUAGAAAGGCAAGAAAUUAGAACAGAAAGUGACGUAGAGUGUGAACUUUGUGAUAAAAUUCAAGUGUGAACAGUUGUAGUGGGUGUGUCCCCUGUGGGAGCACCUCGUAGCUGUAGUUCCGUAGGAGUGAACUUUGUCAGACUUUUCCUGUGGCUGUCCCUGCGUGUGCCUGCAGUGUUUGUCAGAGGAUCCCUGGGAGCCUCCUGUGCAGUGAGAAGUUGCUGGUAGUCUGUAGCCUUGGGCUUGUUUGGUUUCACACCCACCACUGCCCCCUCAGUGUUCUGAGCUCUCCAGACUGAACGUGCACACUGCUGAGCCUGGAGAAUUCCCUGAAUGGGCAGGCACGUGCCAGGCAGAUGCUAGUGGCAAGGGCAUGCAUCUGCUGACCUUGGAAUCUCCUCUUCCAUGGGGCCCUGAGAUCUCCUGGGGUAGGGAAAUCAGGAUGUGGUGCCUGCAGAGCUGGCUGGUCCCAUGCUGGCCCUCACCUCCCUGCUGCCCCCAGGGUGACGAAGGGUCUGUCUCCCCAGAUGUGCCCGUGGCCUCUCCCACGACAGCCCCAGGAGCCCAGAGAGGUGUUCCCACUCCUCCUGAAGGGCAAGCAUGUCUUGCUACAUGCAGAUAAUUACCUCAGCCUUGGAGCCUUGACUAACAGCCGGGAAUCCCUCCCAGCAGUGGGAAUCCUGGCAGGGGCAGCCCAGCAGUGCUGGUGUCAGUCAUCCCGAGCCAGAUCCCCCUGGCUGUGGUGCAGGGAGGAGGGGAGGCUGCUCCCCUGCUCACAAACAAGCUCAGUGAGGUGCUGCUCAGUUCAUUCACCACAGGGAAACCAAACACUUUGGAUAUUCUGGUCAUUUGUUAUGAAAUUGUUUCCUAACAGCAACAGAUUUAAAUGUCAUCAUGCAAAUGGCAGAGAAGAACCUUUUAUGCAGUUGCAAAGUGGUUUUCUGAGAUGGUUGGGUUAUUGAAAGUGAUUUUACUGUGCAUUAAUCUUAUGAAUGUUACUAUGUUUUAUAUUUAUUUUAGAUGACCCUCCUGUAUUUUACAAAGGGAAGUUUCAUUCUGUGAUAACUCAGUCUGUAUUCUUAAUAUAAUUUGUUAAAUGAAACUUGUUUUAAUCAGUUUA